AUGCUACCGCAGUUAGUACUAGCGGUGCUUCUUGUGGUUGCAACUUCCGCCGCCAAUACAUUCGAAAAAUUCCAGUUCCAUCUGAUUAGAAGUAACAACGACGUCACACCAAGUGUUCUACGAACCUAUGGGCUUGUGGCAGUCAAAGACGAUAACUCCAUCAUUGUUCCCGACGCUUUCGAUGUAUCGUCAAAUCCCACCACAGUAGAACAGAGCGGGUUCAAAUGGUACAAUUUUAAGUUUCUGACCACUCUCCAUUACACACAGACACAGAUCUCAUCCAAGCCACCCAAUGUGACAGUUUGGGAUACUAUUCCACUACAAGGAUGUGUAGAUAACCGAUUCAGUGACACUGUCACCACCAUUUCCAGAACAUAUACGCGAACACUUCUAUUCGAAGCGGGUCCACAUAUUUUCGUCAGUGUUCUAGGUCUCGAAGUCGGCGUUCUCGCACAUUUGGGUUACUUCAAUGCGCGGGAUGAAAAAUUGACCUGCGACGUUAGUCCUGGCCAGCGUUUGCAACUUCAUUCAAACAUCGCUACUAUGAAUGUUGAUGUCCAUCUACAACGAAACAUAACAGUGGUCAAAACAUUUCUAGGCUCCGAGCGGCUCAUAUUUUCCGGGUGGUUCAUGCCUACAGAUCCUAGCCCGCUCACGUUCCAGUCAACCUCGUUAGCUUGUGUGACGAAUCUGUCUCUACUCCAAUGUUAA